AUGCUUCUGAAACAUAACGAAGUGCACCCGUCUGGCGUGGGCAAUGGAGACACGACGGUCUUGCCAAACGGCAAUCAGCACAAUGGCGUUUCCACGACCGCCGACAGAGAAAAGACAACAAAUUUGGCGCCGCAUUCGGAUCCUUCCAAAGAAGAUCGGAGGUGCUCGGAGGAAGCCGGAGAAGACAUCCUCGCCAUUCCUCUGGUCAAUUCCGGAUUCCAAAAGUUCCUACCGCGAUUUUUGCGUUACAAAUUUGCGGACAAAUCGCUGGAGGACUUGUACAUGGCCUACUUCGGCCACCAGAGACGCCAGAUGCUUCAGACAACUCUAGUUCUCUCCGUUAUCCUCGACAUUGCCUUCUUAAUCCAAUACGCCUUUGUCUUUACCGAAGAGCUGAUCGCCCCAAUCGCUGUGAUAUCCACGUUUCUCUUGAUAAACCUCGUACUCAGUGUUUUAGUAACAUUUUCCUUGCUACCACAGCGUGUUUUGCGGCCGCUUCCUUACCUCGUCUGGGUGUGCCUGGCUAUACAGAUUUAUUCAGACAUAGGCUUCAGCCAACCUCCUUACUCAGCAAGUGUCUCCGUGGGCUGGCAGCUCCUGUAUAUUUUUUCCUCUUACGUCUGGCUCCCCCUGGGGCUGUCUUGGUGUCUUAUCAUCAACUUUCUGUCCCCUUGUAUCUUCACCCUCAUCGUCGGAUUACUCUGUGCCACAGACAACUUCUCCAUAUUCAAGAUCGGAAACCAGAUCGCCGCUAACACGUUCCUGUUUGUCUGUGUCAAUAUCCUCGGCUCCAUCACGUAUCUAUUCGCCGACCGGAAGUUGAGGCGAGCCUUUCUGGAAACGAAAUCCUCUUUGUCCAUUAAAGUUGUGAUUGAGGAAGAAUAUAAACAGCAGGAGAGAUUGCUGCUUUCUGUCCUUCCCAAACACGUGGCCGAUGAAAUGGUCAAAGACAUGGGAUUAGCAAUUUCCGGCCAGUUCCGUAAGAUUUACAUGAGCCGCCACGAGAACGUGAGUAUUUUGUUUGCUGAUAUCGUGGGAUUCACGGCCAUUUCCUCGACAUGCACUGCACAGGCGCUGGUGGGGAUCCUGAACGAGCUAUUUGCUGCCUUCGAUAAGUUAGCCAAUUUAUACUGCCAGCUCAGGAUCAAGAUUCUAGGAGACUGCUACUACUGUAUAUGUGGCGCUCCAGAGCCUCGUUCUGAUCACGCCAUCCUCUCCAUCCAUAUGGGCCUGGCGGUGGUCGAGGCUAUCAGUGACGUCCGAGAGAAGACGAAGACUACGUGAAUAUGAGGGUGGGGGAUCCACACGGGGGCGGUGCUGGGCGGGGUUCUGGGACAGAAGCAGUGGCAAGUUUGACGUACUGGGUAAGAGGUCACUCUGGCCAACCAUAUGGAGUCUGGCGGUAUACCGGGACGGGUUCACAUCUCUGAGCAAACCAAAUCCCUCCUUAAAGACGUGUUUGAACUGGAACCAGGCGAGGGAGAUACGAGAGAUGAUUAUCUGCGCAUGACAGGAACCACAACUUACCUGAUAAAAUCUGUAAAAGUCCUGUUUCCAGAAGGCACAUUGGAGAAAAAGAAAUCGACCAAGAAAGGUCAGGCAGCAGAACCAAAGAUGUCAAACCUUGAAGAAACGGAAACCAUGGACUUGACUAAACAGAAGGAACUUAAUCAUGAGAGGCUUCUCCAGCGGAGGCUGUACGAGGCAUUGAUGGAGCGAGAACGGGCAGGUGAAAUUUGGAAAGUUAUGAACUUCAUAACACUCCGUUUCAAAAACGCCAACCGAGAAAUCGGUUACAUCCAAAAGAAGGAGCACUUUAGCGGCAUCGGAAUGAUCGGACUGUGCCUUGUGCCCGUGGCUUGCUUCUGCUCUCAAAUGUGCAUUGCUCCAAGAAAUGCCGUCACGUACGCCACUUUUGCAGCCGGGGAGGUUUUGCUGGUCGCCAUGACAGUUGUUACUCUUGCAAUAAAUUACCCACGGGGUUACCCCCGGGUCGUCGUGAGGUUUUCUAACUGGGUGGAGAGCCGCUGGUUGGCUAGAUCAGUCUGGGGCACCCUGGCCGUCUUCAUCAUGGCUUCCCUGGACGUCUUUGACAUGUUCAGCUGCGACACAAAUCACUCAUAUAACGAUACGACGACCGGGGUCCUGGAGCCGAGCGACCCCACGUGUCAGUACCCGUCCUACUUCAUCUACUACGGGGAGAUAAGCCUGAUCGGAGUGACUCUCCUAGUACAGAUCAGCCACAUCCUAAAGUCCUGCCUCAUCGUCAUCAUCACCUGUACAUAUGUCCUCACCUGCCUCGUCGCUCUGCCGAGCCUGUUUGACCGCUAUGAGCACGUGUUGGACCAGUACAGGUUUAGCAGAGUCGAUAUUAUGUACUCUUUAACCGGUGUGAUGUGUAUCAUAACACUGAUUCUACUGGAGUUCAACAGAGCUCGAGAUAUUGCCACGCAGAUGUAUGAGUCUCAUAAGGACAAUGUAGCCCUUGCAUUCAGCGAGAUAUUGCCACGUAUGAGUCUCCUGGAGCUCAUUUCUCGGAGACUCCAUUACUGUAAAGAGCAGGCGGAAGACCGGAAAGAGGAAGUAACGACACUGCGGCAGAAAAACGAGGCUCUCGUGUAUAACAUACUUCCGUCCCACGUGGCCAAAGAUUUCAUCGGAAGGACUCUGAGAGAUGAGGAACUGUACAGCAACUUGCACGAGAGCGUCGGCGUGAUGUUCGCUUCCUGUCCGAACUUUAACGACUUCUACUCCGAAGAUGCAAUCAACAACAACGGGCUGGAAUGUCUGAGAUUCCUGAAUGAAAUCAUCUCCGAUUAUGACGAACUGCUCAAGGAGCCUCGUUUUAAAUCCAUCACCAAAAUUAAGACAGUCCAGUCCACGUAUAUGGCGGCCAGCGGGAUGAUGUUCGCACCGCCCAAGGUGAGUGAACAUGGUUAUUUGAAUUUCUUCCUCCAGGGGGCGACAUUCAAAGAAAAAUGGCAGCACUUUGACGAUCUUGUACAGUUUGCCUUCUGUUUGAAGCUAACUUUGGACCGAAUCAACGCCCAAUCUUUUAACACAUUCGUCUUGCGAAUAGGUAUAAACCAUGGUCCAAUUGUCGCUGGGGUAAUUGGAGCCCGUAAACCUCAUUAUGAUAUUUGGGGUAAUACGGUCAACGUGGCGAGCAGAAUGGAUUCCACGGGGCAAGCAGGCAGAAUACAGGUUGUCGAGGAAUCCAUGCUCAUCCUGAAAGAAUUCGGAUACAGAUUUGAAAAACGCGGAUUAGUGUCUGUAAAGGGCAAAGGGCAACUGUUGACAUUUUUUGUGAACAAUCGUGAUACGCUACAGAGUUUACCCAAUCAGGUGUCUACAUCUUGA